AUGAACGCCAUUGAUCUAGUGCUAAAUGCCCAGCAAGCAAAGGCUCUUGGCCAGUCCCUUGCCACUACCAAGAUUGACGCCGUUUUUGCUUCUCCGUUGAAACGUGCCCUCUGGACAGGUCAGCAGAUCGAAGCUGCCAACCACCACAGGCCGGCGUUCACCGUCUCGCCCUUGCUUCGCGAACAGCACUUUGGUGUUGCUGAACAGCAGACCUUCGGCACAUCAGACGGCAAUGGCUUUUUCCGCAAGCCUGGUCGAACGUUUAGGUUUCCCGAGGGCGAAACGCUCGAGGACGUUCGUGCGCGUGCCAACGAGGCAAUCACCCAGUUUAUCGAGCCCGCUCUUCAGGAGACGUAUGGUCAAGGCCCAGACUCGAAGCAUCUCAUUGUUGUGGCUCACGGUAUCUUCAAUUUUGAACUACUCGGAGCCCUACUCUCCCGACGCCCAGAAGGCAUUGACCUCCACUGGAGCUACCGAGGCAUGACCAACACGGGUUGGACCAGACUUGAAGUGGGCUACUCUGGUGAAGUUCUAGACGGCACGCCGUUCGGCGCGGACACUUUCAAGGCGCUCUCGCGUCCGCCACCACUGGCAGUUGAGACUCUGUGCUUUGACGUGACGACCCACCUCGAAGGUGUUCACAGACAGCAGGGAGGUAUCGGAUCUUCUGGGUUUGACGAAAAGCAGAGUGACAUCCGAGCCUUCUUUGGCGGUGCUCAAAAUGAUUGA